UAGCCUAGACGUUCUGGCUCACAAGCACACUUGUGCGCACUGUUGACAGGUCUAUCUUUCUGUGGCAUCCUACUCACUCCCUCAUUGCCAUAACAACCGAAGGCAUUAGCAUGGUUCAAUAAAACAUCCGGGUUUAGAUUAUGUGCUUCAGUUGUAUGGGGCGUAGCGAGAGCAGGUUGUAUUUUGAGGGACUACGGUGACUAGGCUACUGUGCUCGUCUUGUCUGGUGGAGGGUGACAUAGCCUAAACAGGGUUACCCCUGCACAAUUUAGGCUAUUUACGUCAACUGUUUAAGUCGUGAUCUUAAACGAAUGAUACAGAGAAGUCGCGUGGUCCCGUUUGGUGCCUGCUGAUAGAGUGAGAUAGAGAGAGAGAAAGAGGUGCGGGGCGACCCGAGGUGGCGGUGGCAUUUCCACCGUCGAGAGCCUGCAAGAGAACAUCAUCGCCCGCGCGGUGACUUUGAUGCGCGUGGUUGUGCUCGUCAGAGGGGAGUGGAAUCCUAAGCGUGGGAAAAAAGGCAAGAGGUAGAUUCUUCUCCGGGGGACCCAAAACUGUUCGAAGCAUCUACGGCUUUUCCCGGUUGCACCAUGGCGCGGGAGAACGGAGACUCCGGGAAAUGCUCGUGGAAAAAGCAAGUUGAUGACAUCAAGAAGAUAUUUGAAUUCAAGGAGAUCCUCGGAACAGGUGCGUUCUCAGAGGUGGUGCUGGCCCAGGACAGGGCUACGGGGCACAUGUACGCGGUCAAGUGCAUUCCCAAGAAGGCCCUCAAGGGGAAAGAGAGCAGCAUCGAGAACGAGAUCGCCGUCCUCCGCAGGAUUAAACAUGAGAACAUUGUGGCGCUGGAUGACAUAUAUGAGAGCUCCAACCAUCUGUACCUGAUCAUGCAGCUGGUAUCUGGGGGGGAGCUGUUCGACCGUAUUGUGGAGAAAGGCUUCUACACAGAGAAGGAUGCCAGUACACUUAUCAGACAAGUGCUGGAUGCAGUCAACUACCUCCAUAAGAUGGGCAUCGUGCACAGAGACCUGAAGCCUGAGAACCUGCUUUACUACAACUCUCAGGAUGGAUCGAAGAUCAUGAUCAGUGACUUUGGCCUGUCUAAGAUGGAGGGCACAGGUGAUGUCAUGUCCACAGCCUGUGGUACCCCAGGAUAUGUGGCUCCAGAGGUGCUGGCACAGAAGCCAUACAGUAAGGCAGUGGACUGCUGGUCCAUCGGCGUCAUCGCCUACAUCUUGCUGUGUGGGUACCCCCCUUUCUACGAUGAGAAUGACUCCAAACUCUUUGAACAGAUUCUCAAAGCUGACUACGAGUUUGAUGCACCUUACUGGGAUGACAUAUCUGACUCUGCUAAAGACUUCAUUAGCUGUUUGAUGGAGAAGGACCCGGCCAAAAGAUACACAUGUGACCAAGCGCUUCGGCAUCCCUGGAUCUCUGGCGACACAGCUCUGUGCAAAAAUAUCCACGAGUCCGUGAGCAGACAAAUGCGCAAGAACUUCGCCAAAAGCAAAUGGAGACAAGCAUUCAAUGCCACGGCAGUAGUGCGGCACAUGCGUAAGCUGCAGCUGGGCAGCAGCAUGAGCAGCAGCAUGGGCAGCAGCAUAGACGGCGCCGCCACCAACCCGACCCGAAGCCAAAGCCAAGCGCACAGCCAGAGCCAGAACCAGAGCCAGAGCCAUACACCAAACCAGACGCCGCCGCUGCAGACGCUGCAGACGCUGCAGGCCACACCAAACCAGACGCAGACGCAGACGCAGACGCCACUGGCGCAGACAAAGACACCCGUCCAGAUGACACCAAACCAGAUGCCGCUGAGCCAUGCCCACGGGCAGAGCCAGAACGCCGUACAUCUCAAGAGUCCCGUCCCGGACGCCACCUCUGUGCCCUGCAAGGACUGUCCCGCCCCUUCCUCUACCCCCUGCAGCCUGGCCUUGGCUGCUUCCUCCUCGGCCGCGGGGGUGGAGUCCUGCCGACCACGUCCUUCCACUGUCGCCACGGUGAUCACGGGGCCCAAGUGACGCCAGGUCCUGCGGGGAGAGAGCUGGGAGGCGACCGCGCUGUGAACGCACACACACCUUCGUCGCUGCCCAACCCACUCCCCGCCCUGCCGCGGAGAGGCAGAGGACUGUCUGAUUGCCAUAGCCUAUUGCACACACACACACACACAUAUCCACCUGGACCUGCAUGCCAGAAGAGGGCAAAGCUCUCUCUCUCUCUCACACACACACACACACACACACACACACACACACACACGUUUCUUGGUGUUUUAUGCCCCCAA